GUCGUGUGAAGCUAUCUGCGAGCUCUAGUCCAUCAUAAUUGCGCUCGAGUUCAUCGCUGAGUAUCGAGGGUAUCUGACAUCCGCAGCCUCACCCACUCGCUGAGUGUAUUCGCAGGGCACACAUUUGACUUUCGUGGUCUCUCGUGGAGAAGAAAGUGCUGAGGUACUGCCAGUCUAUGGAGUUUGAGAAGCAGACGAAUCAAAGCAAGGUCGAGUGAGUGAGUAAAUGAGUGAAUGCCCUCACCGUGUUGUCGAGUGGAUGGAAUUUCGAUCGGUGCCGAUGGAUCGAUCCCGGCUGAAGGAAGACCUUUUCUUGUAGGGCCCGCCUGCCUGCUGCGCACGAAUGAGAAGGGAGGCUGGUCUGGUCCCAGAAGCAGCUCCGAAAGCUCUCCGCCAUUGACCCGACCCGAAGGAGAAGCGCUCGGAAAGUGCAAGUUCGAGAUUGAGGUCAUUCUCGUUUGUGAUCUCGUAUCAUAAAUGAGGACGUCCAGUGGGGCAAGCGGGGCACUGAACGAAGGGUGACUGCAGGUGAGA